CCUUCCACAGAACAAUAAUAUAACUCAAGUAGUUCUCCUACAUAUCACUAAUAUAACUGUGAUGGUUCUUCUACUCAACACUAAUGUAACUAAUAUAAUCUGACCUGUUUGAAUCCAGAUAGUUGAAUGAUCAUAUGAUGAAGAUGAUGAUGAGGACAGUCAUCUUCCUGUCGGUGAUGAAGUCUUGUUCUAUCUCAGUUAUGACACAGGAAACAUCAACGCGUCGGCUGAAGGUGUGAACAUCAACACGGUUCUGAAUCUAAUCAGAGAUGAUGAAGGACGACUGAAGAUCAAUAACAUCACCUGUGAUGCCAAAAUUGACAAAAUGAAGGCAAAGUUCAGCGGAACACUUGGGAGAGUUUACGACUUCCUGUCCAGCUUUCUGACAACAGGCAUGCGCUUCCUCCUCAACCAAAAGAUCUGUCCCGCUCUGGAUCACGCUGCUCUGGUUCAUGUGAACUUGAUGUUGGAGACGAUCCCAGUGAGGACGGAGGUCGAUCAGUAUAUUGGGAUCGAUUAUUCUCUGAUUGAUGAUCCGGUGGUGACGUCCAGGAGCCUCGACAUGCACUUCAGGGGUAUGUUCUUCGACCUGUCUGAUCAGAAUGACACGUUAGUGAACUACGCCGUCGACCCGGUCAUCAGAGAGUACGACCGGAUGAUUUACCUCGCUCUGUCCGAGUUCUUCUUCGACAGUGGGAUGUUUGCUUACUACAGAGCAGGAGUCUUCCAGAUGCAUAUCGUCAACGAGAAGAUGCCCAAAGACCUGGAGAUGUUGUUGAGAACCACCUACUUUGGAACCAUCAUGAUGCUGAACCCGGCUCUGGUGGAUGCUCCGCUCUCUCUGCAGAUCGCCGUGGUCUCACCUCCAAAAACCUCCAUCAAGACAUCCGGGGCAACAGUCGUCAUGACAGCCAUCAUUAAGGUGAUGCUGCUGCCUCCAAGUCAGCCUCCGGUCCAGCUCAGCAGCAUGACCAUGGUACGCACACACCAACCCAACCAGUUUAACCAGUUUAACCAGUUUAACCAGGUAGGUCUCCAGUCCAGCUCAACAGUAUGACCAUGGUACGCAGACACCAACCCAACCAGUUUAACCAGUUUAACCAGUUUAACCAGGUAGGUCUCCAGUCCAGCUCAACAGCAUGACCAUGGUACGCACACACCAACCCAACCAGUUUAACCAGUUUAACCAGGUAGGUCUCCAGUCCAGGUCAGCAGCGUGACCAUGGUACGCAGACACCAACCCAACCAGUUUAACCAGUUUAACUAGUUUAACCAGGUCAGCCUCCGGGCCAGCUCAACAGCAUGACCAUGGUACGCAGACACCAACCCAACCAGUUUAACCAGUUUAACUAGUUUAAACAGGUAGGUCUCCAGUCCAGCUCAACAGCAUGACCAUGGUACGCAGACACCAACCCAACCAGUUUAACCAGUUUAACUAGUUUAAACAGGUAGGU